GUCUGCAUCUGGGGGUCCGAGCUGCACUGGACUCCUCACACUUUAAAAAGACAUUUUCCCCUCCUCACAGCCUGCCUUUUUGCUCGAACUCUCUCUCCCUCUCUCUCUCUGUCCCUCGCUCUCGUUGGCUGCCAGGCUCUCUGCACAGUGCCAGGGAGAAGGGUCUCCAGGAGCCAACGCUGACGAGAGGAGACAAAGGAAAAUAGAGGAGGAAAGGAAAGAAAACUGAGAAUAUUUUAUUUUUCUCCUCCAUGAAGCGGUGAAACCAGAUAUCAUAGUUAUAACUAAGAACCCAUGCAGUUGGCUGAGGGGGGACUCGCAGAAAGAGCGCCACCUCACCUGUGGAGACUUGUGAAGCCCGGUAGAUUGACGCAGCAGCAGGUCCUCCUACAUUAACCAGGAACGGUUCGUAGUCUUCCAACUACCCCUUCCCAGUGACUUCUUCCAGCAUGGGUCCAAACAGCCUGGGCCUCAGAGUCCUCCUCCUGACCGCUCUGCUGAGCAUGGCCGGCGCCGGGCUGGUCCAGCGGACCAUCAGGCAUCGGCGGGAGUCCCUGGCGCCCACUGUGCGCGACAACCUCACCCUCCCUAACUCGGGUCAGCCCGUGGUCUUCAACCACGUGUACAACAUCAACGUGCCCGCCAGCUCCGUGUGCUCUGUGGACCUGGACUCCCCGGGCAGCUCCGAGCUGGAACCCCUGGAGUCGGCAGACGGCCCCUCCUCCCCCGGGCUGAGCACCACCGAGCACACUCUGGACCAGGAGAACCAGAUCGUAUUCACCCACCGCAUCAACGUGCCACGGCAGGCGUGCGGCUGCGCCGACGCCGAUGCGGGCGGACUCCCGGAGCUGAAGGCGCUGCUGAGCCGUCUGGAGAUGCUGGAGGCGGAGGUGUCCACGCUGCGACACCAGUGUGGCGGCGGAGAUGCGGGCUGCUGCACCGCGCAGGUCACAGGCGAGGUGGGCACCAAGCCAUACUGCGGCGGCCACGGUAACUACAGCACGGAGAGCUGCGGCUGCGUGUGCGAGCCGGGCUGGUCCGGAGCCAACUGCAGCGAGGCCUCCUGCCCCAACGCCUGCCACGCCCAGGGCCGCUGCCUGGACGGCCGCUGCCACUGCUUCCCGGGCUUCUCCGGGGACGACUGCCGGCGGCAGGCCUGCCCUCGGGACUGCGGCGAGAGCGGCGCGUGUGUGGACGGGCGCUGCGUCUGCAACCCGGGCUUCCAGGGCGACGACUGCUCCCAGACCGACUGUCUGAACAGCUGCCUGGGGCGGGGCCGCUGCGAGGACGGGGACUGCGUGUGCGAGGAGCCCUGGGGCGGCCUGGACUGCUCGGAGCACACCUGCCCCAGCGACUGCUACGACCGCGGCCGCUGCGUCAACGGCACCUGCUACUGCGACGAGGGCUACGCCGGCGCCGAUUGCGGCCAGCGCCUCUGCCCCCAGGGCUGCCACGGCAACGGCUUCUGCGGCGCGGACGACCAGUGCGUGUGCAGCGCAGGCUACGGCGGCGAGGACUGCUCGGCGCUCACCUGCCCCGGCGACUGCGGCGGGCGUGGCAGCUGCUUCAACGGCGUGUGCAUCUGCGACGCCGGGUUCCGCGGCGAGGCCUGCGGCGAGGCGGCGUGCCCCAACGACUGCACGCGCGGCCGCUGCGUCGACGGGAAGUGCAGCUGCGACGCCGGAUUCCAAGGCGACGACUGCUCGGAGCUGUCCUGCCCCGACGCGUGCCGGCACCGCGGCCGCUGCGUCGACGGCCAGUGCGUGUGCGACCAAGGGUUCGCCGGCGAGGACUGCGGCGUGCGGACGUGCCCGGGGAACUGCUACGGGCGCGGGGAGUGCGUGGCCGGCCACUGCGUGUGCGACCCAGGGUACGUAGGCGAGGACUGCGGCGCGCUGAGCUGCCCCAACGACUGCUACGGCCGCGGGCGCUGCGUGGCCGGGCGCUGCGUGUGCGACGAGGGCUUCGCCGGCGAGGACUGCGGGCAGAAGGCGUGCCCCAACGCCUGCCUGGCGCGGGGCUUCUGCCUGGACGGGGCGUGCGUCUGCCAGGAGGGCUUCUCCGGGGACGACUGCUCCGUGGUCACGUGUCCUGACAACUGCGGCGGCCGCGGGCGGUGCCUGGACGGCAGGUGCUCGUGCGACGUGGGCUACGAGGGGCCCGGCUGCGGGGAGCUGAGCUGCCCCGGGGACUGCCGGGACACGGGCCGGUGCGUGGAGGGCCGGUGCCAGUGUGAAGAGGGCUACAUCGGAGCGGACUGCAAGCAAGUUUCCCCGCCGACGGACCUCUUGGUGAGCGACGUGACCCCCCACACGGUGGACCUGUCCUGGAGCAACGAGAAGCUGGUGACACAGUACAUGGUCACCUACGUGCCCACGGGCCCAGGCGGCCUGCGCCAGGAGUUCAGCGUGCCCGGGGACGACAGCACCGCUCGGGUAGAGGGGCUGGAGCCCGGGGUGGAGUACCUGAUCAACGUUUACGCCGUCCUCAACAACAUGAAGAGCGUGCCCGUGAGCGCCCGGGUGGCCACCAGUCUUCCCCAGCCGGAGGGCUUGAGGUUCAAGUCGGUGAGGGAGUCUUCCGUGAAGGUGGAGUGGGACCCGCUGGAGAUCACCUUUGAUGGAUGGGAGCUCAACAUCCGCAACAUGAAAGAAGAGAAUGGAAAGAUUGUGAAUAUCCUGCCGUCAACACAAAACAACUUCGAGCAAUCAGGGCUUGGUCCUGGACAGGAGUACGAGGUCUCUCUCCGAGCCAUCAAGAACAACACGAAGGGCCCUCAGACCACCAGGACCUUCAGCACUAAGAUCGAGGGCCCUCAGCAGGUCCUGGUAAAGGACGUGACAGACUCCUCUGCGCUGUUCUCGUGGUCCCAGCCUGUGACCGAGGUCACCAGCAUCACGGUGACCUACGCGCCAACCUCCGACCCCUCGGACCAGACCAGCGUCGACCUCACCAAUAUGGACACCCAGUACAUCGCAGGGGACCUGAGGCCCGACACCGAGUACCAGAUCUCCCUGACCUCCAGGAGGCGGGGCGUUGCCAGCGACCCCGUCAGCAGGACCUUCACCACCGAUCUGGAUAGUCCCAGGACCCUGAAGACCCUGUCUCAGACAGAUGACAGCAUCAGCCUGGAGUGGAGCAACAGUGAGGCGGACGUGGGCGGCUACAGAGUGAAAUACACCCCCUUCUCCGGGGGUUCCCCUCGUGAGGAGCUGUUUCCCAGCGCCGCGGGAGAAACCACAAAGGCUACCAUUACCGGGCUAAGACCAGGCACGGAGUACGGGAUCGGAGUCACCGCUGUUAAAGAUGAGCGGGAGAGUUUGCCUGCGACUACAAAUGCAGCCACUGAUCUGGAUCCUCCCAAAGACCUGGAGGUGGUGGAUUCGACGGAGACCUCUCUGAUGCUGCGCUGGAAGAAGCCCAAGGCUAAGCUCAACGGCUACACGCUGGCGUACACCUCCAGAGACGGCCCCUCGCAGGAGCUGAGGCUGCCUCCCACGGCCACCAGCCUUGCCCUCGAUGACCUGAACCCGGACACGCUGUACAGCGUGGCCCUGACCGCGGAGCGGGGUCCCAAGAAAAGUUCCCCAGUGAGCCUGUCUGCCUCCACAGAGGAGAUCAGCCCUAGGGUGCUCACCCUCACCGUCUCUGACACCACAUGGGACAGCUUCAAUGUGUCCUGGAGCCCCCCGGCGCACCAGGACUUUGAGGGCUUUGUCCUUGAACUAACAAACUUGGAGAACCCGGCCGAGAGCCAGAACCUCACUCUGUCCGGGGAGGCCUUCAGCCUGCUGGUGUCGGGGCUGGACCCGGACACCGGCUACAUGGUGGGCCUGUACGCCAUGCUCCCGGACCGCUUCCUGGAGCCGGUGUACACGGAGGCCACCACAGUGAGCCGAGCGGUGGUUGGCAAUCUAUAUGUGUCUAACUUAACGUCAGAAGGUUUCUCAAUGUCGUGGAAUGGUACGCAAGGACACGUUGACGGUUAUGUUCUGGAGAUAAUAGACUCUGAUUGGCUGACGGAGCCGCGGGAACAUAACAUAUCAGGUGACGUCCGGUCGUACGAUGUCACUGGACUGCGGCCUAGCACUGACUAUGUAGCCUACCUCUAUGGGGUCUCCAAGGGAUCUCGAACCAAUGCUGUCAGUUCUGUCGCCUCUACAGCUGCGGAGCCUGACUUGUCCAGGCUCGUGGUUUCAAACAUUACCUCAGACCGCUUCUCUCUGUCCUGGCAGACGGGAGAAAAGGCUUUCCAUAACUUUAUCGUAGAGGUCCGAGAGUCGGCCACGCCCUCGCGGGCCAUGGGCCGCGCACUGUCUGGAGACGCGCGAUCCACGGUCAUGACCGGCCUCAAGGCUGCCACUCAGUACGACAUUAAACUGUACGCCAGUAGCGGCGGCCAGAACUCACAGCCGUUGUUCGCCGUAGCCACCACAGAGGAUGCCCCACAGUUGGGAACUCUAACCACUGCGUCGGUGAGCCCAGAUAACCUCACCCUGUCCUGGAGCACUGUCUCGGGCCACUUCGAUGUCUUUGUGGUCCGCGUCAGUGACUCCCUGCAGCUGUUUGAUACGCUGGAGUUCAAGGUGCCCAGCCCGGGGGGCAACGUGACAGUGUCUGAGCUGCUGGACGCCACAGACUAUGAUAUAGAGCUGUACGGUAUCUCUCAUGGGCGCCGCAGCUCCUCUGUGUUUGCCCAUGCCAUCACAGCUCCUUUGCCCAGAGUGGAAAACUUGACCGUUACAAACAUUACCCCAUAUGGCUUUCGUCUGUCCUGGGAGACCAAGCAGACGAAGCAGGAGGGGGCGCCCCCUGGUGGCACCUUCAAGCACUUUCAAGUAGUUGUGACAGACUCGGGCUGGCUGUUGGAGCCGCAUGAGUUCAAUGUCCCGGGAAACCAGUCAUACUUGGACCUGUGGGGGCUGAUCACAGGCAUCGGCUAUGAGGUCAGGUUGACGGGGGUUUCUAGCUCGGGCCUGCUCUCCCGCCCGCUGACCACAGUGGCUAAGACAGAGGCCGAGCCCGAGAUAGAGCACCUGUUUGUGUCGGACGUAACGGCCGACGGCUUCCGUCUGUCGUGGACAGCCGACGAAGACCAGUUCGACCGCUUCGUCAUCAGGAUGAGGGACGGCAAGAAGGUGUCCAAGGUGCACGUGCGCGACGCCCGCGGCGAGGAGCGCACCGCCGUGUUCACGGGUCUCAUGAGCGGCACCGAGUACGACAUCGAGCUGUACGGGGUGACCCUUGAGACGCGCUCGCAACCCAUCAUGGGGGUCGCUCAGACAGGCCUCGGUUCCCCCAGCGGCCUUAGUUUCACCGAUGUGAGUGACAGCUCGGCCGUGGUACAGUGGGCGAAGCCAGGCUCCAAGGUGGACAGCUACCGGAUUGUCUAUGUGCCGCUCCAACAAGGGAACCCCAUGAGUGUGACCGUGGACGGGGCUGAGACCCAGGCCCUCCUGCCCGGCCUGGUUCCUGGGAAGACCUACCAGGUGACCGUCAUCGCGGUCAGGGGCCUGGACGAAAGCAGCCCCUCCACCGACACCGUCACCACCGCACUGGACGGGCCCCAGAGCCUGGGUGUGCUGAACAUCACGGAGACCUCGGCCCUGUUGCUGUGGGUGCCCAGCGCGGCCACCGCGGACGGCUAUGUCAUCACGUACAGCGCAGAUUCAGUGACUCCAGUGGUGGAGCACGUUUCGGGGAACACAGUUGAGUUUGAGAUGGGCUCUCUGGUCCCGGCCACUGAAUACACGGUGGAGGUGUAUGCCUUGAAGGACGGCCAGAAGAGUGGCGCGGCCACCGUGGACUUCACUACAGACCUGGACUCCCCCCGGGACCUGACGGCCAGCAACAUCCAGAAGGACGGGGCCACUCUCAGCUGGCGGCCUCCCCGCUCGGCUCUCAGUGGAUACACACUCAGCUUCUCUGCUGGAGACGGAACCGUCCAGGAAGUGAUGUUGAGCCCCACUGCCAGUUCCUACACCCUGAGCAACCUGAUUGGCUCAACAGACUACAGCGUCACCCUGCAGGCCGUUGCUGCAGGCCGACACAGCCCCCCGCUCAGCACCACCUUCACCACCACAGGCCUUCUGUACCGCCGCCCCCGGGACUGCGCCCAGGUGCUGUUGAACGGGGAGGAGUCCUCAGGCCUGCACACCGUCUACCUGGGGGGCGACGAGAACCAGCCCACACAGGCCUACUGCGACAUGACCACGGACCAGGGGGGCUGGCUGGUCUUCCUCAGACGCCAGAACGGGAAGCAGGAGUUCUUCAGGAACUGGAGGAACUACACGGCUGGCUUCGGGAACAUGGAGGAGGAGUUUUGGCUCGGUCUGGCCAAUCUUCAUAAGAUGACCAACUCGGCCAACUACGAGCUACGCGUGGACCUGGGAGAUGGCGCGGAGACUGCCUAUGCACAGUAUGACAAGUUCACCAUCGCAGAGCCGCGGACCCGCUACAAGAUCUACUUAGGCGCUUAUAGCGGAACUGCUGGUGAUUCCCUUACCUACCACCAUGGGCGCCCCUUCUCGACCUUCGACAACGAUAACGACGCUGCCGUUACCAACUGUGCGUUGUCCUAUAAGGGGGCCUUUUGGUACAAAAACUGUCAUCGUGUCAACCUAAUGGGGAAGUACGGCGACGAAAGUCAUAGUAAGGGUAUCAACUGGUUCCAUUGGAAAGGACACGAGCACUCCAUUCAGUUUGCAGAGAUGAAGAUGAGACCGGUCAACUUUAGUAAUUUUGAAAGCAGACGCAAAAGAUCAUAGAUUUCUGAACCCAAACCCCACCCCAAAACCCCCAAAUACCAUUGUUAAAGGUAGGGUUGGCAAUUUGGGGAUACAGGGCAGAUUUAAGUCUAUUUGUCAAGCAUAAUAACCCCCCCCCACCCCUAAGGCCUCCCUUCAAAGCCACGUCCCCAAAACAUGUGACUAGCUUUAGACCGAUUGCUGUCAAGGUGCCAAUAUAAUUUCCAGAAAUACGACACAAAAUGCUUCUAUAAUAAAUUGCCUAACCUACCUUUAACUGAGGUUGAAGUCAAGUCAUUUUUAUUUGAAUCUCUCGACAAAAAAUUACAUUAAUAUAGGUAAAUAUAAGAGAAUCAUGUGCUGGAUGUGAUGCUUAAUGGCUGUAGGAACUGUGCUUGACUAUUCUAUUGGUAAAUGAGAACGCCAAGAUAACAAAUACAUUGUGUUGAUAAUGUGCGAUAGAUUAGAGAAUGUGAUUAGACACUGUAAUAUUGUUCAUGACUGUUUUUUAUGUUGACAAAUUUAAUUCCAUGAGAAAGAUUCCCGCAAACUGCCAAAUAUUAAAAGACUUAUAAACUUUUACCUAAAAAUAAUAUAUAUUCACACUGUACGAGGAAAUAUCUGAAAGGGUCAACAGGAAAGGGUUCAGUGAGUAUGAACUGUACCACAUCACUGUGUUAGCAGAACAUGUUAGAAAAAACAUUGUAAAUGUCAUAAUACCACUUGGUGGACGCAUUUAUAUAAUAAUAUUGAGUGGAGAAAUUCUUAGUAUGGGUGGUCCCAGUGGGAAUCAAAGCCCUAACCCUGGCUGGGUUCAUGCCACGCGCUACCAGACCUUACGCUUCCCAUUGAAAUGUACAUUUUACACAUGACUCCGUCUUUAGCAGGCCUACUUGGAAUGACUAUUUAAACCACAGAUAAUUAAUUAGGAUGACUUUGAAGGAAGAUGAUGAAACAGAAGAUGUUGCUUGUUGAAUAUUUUGACAUGUUGUCAUACUAUGUGUUUAGUGUUGGAACCAGGAGAGCCGUCUCUGGAGAUGAAGAUUUAGAAAAAGUCCACAAACGACUGGUUUAAAUUAAGUUUUGUUUGUUUUAACUUGAUGAAAAUGUAUGUUUCUCUCUGAUUAAAUAACCUUAAAUAUAUUAAGUAUCUUUGUAAAUU